AGGCAGCAGCUGGCAAGCAAACUACACGACUCGUCGUCGUCCUCCUCCUGCCCCAUAUCGCCGCCGCCUUCCACACCCGCCUCCCCGGAUCCCGCCGCCGAGAUGGAAGACGACGACGAAUUCGGCGACCUCUACACCGACAUCAUCAUCCCCACUCCUGCCUCCACCUCCGCGCCCGCCGAAACCUUACCCCGGCCGCCCCCAAACCCUAACCCUACCCCUGCCCCCGCCGCGGUGGCGGCAGCGGAGGACGACGACGACUGGGUCGGCCCGCCCGGUGACUGGGCCGACGAGGACGACGAUGGCGGCGCGCCCGUGUCGCCCGCGAAGCUUCAGGUUGCUGCGCCUGCUGCGAAGCCACCCCCCGCCACGGAGGAUUCCGAUCCGUUCACGGGGGAUGGCGAGGGCGAUUCCGGGCCGGCUAUCCCGGGGCUCUCGUCGUCCGCCGCCGCUGGCGCGGCGGCGAGCGACGAGUGGGACAGCGACAGUGAGGACGACAUCCAGAUCGUGCUCAACGAGACGGAUGGCCGCCGGGGGCUCGGGGAGGAUGAAGGUGACGACGAGGACGGCGAGGACCUCGUCAUUGUCGCGGACGGGCCCCACAUCCCCGGGAUGGAGGAGCAGGAUUGGGGGGAGGACCCCGCAGCGGCGGCGGCAGAAGGGGAGCGGAAGGACGGCGGUGAGCCUGGUAAGGCGGUGGCGGCACCCGGCGGGAGGAUCGGGUACAGUGGCGGCGGCCAGGGGUUCCACCAGCAGCACCAUUCCAUGUUCAAGUAUGUACGCCCUGGCGCUACACCUGGUGCUUCAAUGGGUGGGGCUCCCGGUGGUCCUGGUCAGUUCCGCCCUCCUGGACCUCCAGGCCCUUUCGCUGGUCGAGGAAGAGGUGACUGGAGGCCUGCUGCUGGUAGGGGCAUGCAUAAACAUUCAGGCUAUGGAACGACUCCAUGGGGUGGUUCAAGGCGUGGUUUUGGUGGUGGACCAGACUUUACACUUCCUCCUCACAAGACAAUUUUUGAUAUUGACGUGGAUACCAUAUUUGAGGAGAAGCCAUGGAAAUACCCUGGUGCUGAUAUUUCAGACUUUUUUAACUUUGGUCUUGAUGAAGAUAAGUGGAAAGACUUCUGCAAGCAGCUGGACCAACUGCGACUAGAGUCCACAAUGCAAUCUAGAAUACGGGUGUACGAAAGUGGCCGCUCGGAACAGGACUAUGAUCCAGAUUUGCCACCAGAGCUAGCUGCUGCUACUGGUCAUCCAGACAUAUCUGCUGACAAUCGCAACAAAACGGAUAACGGGCAUACAGAUUUCAGUGCCCAAGGAAGAGUUCCUGCAAACACGCGGGCGCCAGUGAUGACAGGGAGACCUAUACAAGUUGAAACUGGUUAUGGAGAACGGCUUCCAUCUAUUGAUACGCGCAUACCUCGAAUACGUGAGUCGGAUUCUGUUAUCGAGAUUGUGUGCCAGGGCCAUGAUACAAUGGACGAGGAUACAGUGGACCAAACUGAGAAGGAUUCUCGGGGAGGUAAUAACGGAACCAAUGAUACUGAGCAGGGCAAGCACUAUCCAUCAGAUAAGAUGAAUAAUUCUGGUCGUAACUCAAAGUUGGGAAAGCCAGAACAUAAGAGACGGUUACCAGUUUCAUCUGACGGUGAUGUGUUGUCCACUGAUGCCCAUGCCCACUCCCCUCCCAGCUACAAAACAAGAGGUUCUCCUCGCGGAGUAAGGUCAUUGAAAGGAAGCUCACUGGGUCAGGACUCUAGUCGAGAAAUUGAAAGCUCCAAUGAAGUAAUACCUCGCCAAACAUCCUCGAAGAGACGCCGUGAUUCCCAGAGAGAGAACCCUGUUGAGGGCUCAGAAACUAAGGGUGAUUCAGAAGGGUCACUUGUUGCUGCUGAUGAUACGGCAGAUAAGCUGAGUGUAGAAGAUCACUUUGAUGAUAAUGAUGAUAGGCUCACACUGGUUGACAGUGCUGAAGUGGAUGGUGAUGAUGCUACCUCAGACCCUAACACACCUAGCGAGACAAAUGAGGGUGAUAACUUGGUUCACUCUGGUAAAACGCAGAAACUUAUUCCUGUGGUUGAGCAGCCCACUGGACACAAUAGCAGUGAGCAAGAUGAAUUGAGGGCACCGAAUAGUGACAAUAGUAAAGGGAGGUCUGGUAGCAGCAAAGAUCAGCAGAAACGCCUUGAGUCAGGUGAAGAGGUUCUUCAAGAUAGACAUUCAAGGCAAGUAAAUGAUGUAAGAAGGCAUCAUGAUGUGGAAGAGCGUAACCUCCGUCGAAAGGAUGAGCACUCUCGAGAUGUUAAACCAGAUGUUGAAAGAUCACAUUUGCUCUCUAGAGGCAGGGAAGAUAUCCACCAGCCUUAUGCAAACAGAGAUCGGGUUGACAUGCGGGGUAGAAGUUAUGAUAGAGUAAGAGAUACAGAAAUUUGGCUGAGGAGAGAAGAUAGUGUUCACAGUAGACGAUCUAAAGAGGAAGAUUUGAGGCUGGAGUACAAUGCUGAAGUUGGUGCAAGGCAUAGAAAUAAGGCAAGACCCAUUGACAGGAAUGAUAGAGAUGAAGAUCUUCAUUCACGGAAACGUUUGGAUGAUGGUGACUGGAGGGGCUCUCGACAAAGAGAGCGUGGUGAUAUGGUUUUGAAUCGCCGUGAAAAUUUGGAUGAUUCUCAUAUCAAGAGACAUAAGGACGAUGAGAACUUGCGGAGAAUGAAGCCUGAGAAUGAAGAGUCGAUGCAUGGUUAUAGAGCAAGAGAUGAUCAUAACAGAAGAAAGAGAGAGAGAGAUGAUGGAAAUGAUCAGAAAAGAAGAGAUGAUAGUGGUAGGAUGCGGGAGAAGGUUGAUGAUCGUUAUCAUGCCAAACACAAAGAUGACAACUUGCGGCAGAGAGACAGAGAGGACAGACAGAGACCCAAGCAUGAAAACACAUUAACCCUUCAGAGAGAAAAAGGAAGAGGAACCGGUCGGGGUGGACGGAUUAUGGAUGAUAAGUUAGUCAGUGGUGGUAGGAAGAAGGAUGAUCCGAGAUCUUCAGCAUUAAGCAAAGACACCCAAGAGCGCACCAGGCAAAAUGAACCUUUGAGGAGAGGUCAGGGUGCGGAAGAUAACAGCAUACAGAAUAAAGGUCGUUCUGAUGUACAUCCACGCGAUGACAAUUCAAACAACAAUGGGAGAAACUCCAGGCAAGAAAAACUAAACAAUAAUCGUCUAUCUGGCAGUUCUGAUGCUCGCCAUGCGGGUAAAGAUAGGUACAGGGAGACCACAAGAAAGGGCAGAAGUUCCGAGCCUAGUGAGCACGAUCUUCACAAAUCGAGCAAAAGGAGACGUGAAGACCAUGACAGCCAUCGCACUGGGAAGGUUGAGACAAAAGGAGCGAGUGAGCUAGAGAACAAUAGAGAUCAUGCCACAUUAUCCAAGAAGAGCCAGAAUCCUCAACUAGAUAAUUCUUUCAUGAAACAAGUGGAAGAUGACACCAUAUCAGAUGAUGAAAACCAUGAGGAUUCAAGAAGGGGUCGCUCUAAGUUGGAGCGAUGGACUUGCCACAAAGAGAUAGAAUAUAGUAAUGCUGACAAUGAAACUACACAACCAUUUCCGUCCAUCAAAGCUGAUGUUCAAGCCCCCACUGCUGAUGAGUUUGGUAAAUCUGAAGUUUCUGCUAUAGUUGGCAAUUCAGAUGUCAAGAGUAGUGGUGAUACUGGGCAGACAUCUGACAAGAUGACUGAGGAGCGUGAUCGACAUCUAGACACAGUUGAGAGGCUGAAGAGACGAAGCGAGCGUUUUAAACUUCCCAUGCCCGGCGAGAAAGAGGCACCACAAGGCAAAAAGGUGGAUACUGAAUUGCAGCUUCCCCAAAAUGAAUCUGCUACUGCUGAUAUGGAAGUGAAGACAGAGCGGCCAGCUCGGAAGAGGAGAUGGACUGGGAGUUAAACAAACUGGAACGGCAUAUUCACUUGAAGAAAAUUCGGCAGAUGCUAGCACUUCGGCAUGUUUUUUUCUCUUACAAACGAAAGUUUAAUUGAUGUAUGAUUUUACUGUUUAACUUAUACCUGUACGUGUAAGCUUACAUAGUUGAUUUGUCUCUGGGAACUGGAUACUGUACUUUCUUCUCA